UACUCACUGGGAAAAGAAAGGGUUUACUAGUUUGGGUGUGAUCAUGGGUUUUCUUAUAUUUACUCUUCACAUAAUGGAGUUCCUGGCUUGGCCCCUACUUGCUCUGGCCUAUCCUCUAUAUGCUUCAAUCAAAGCGAUUCAGACCGACUCCAAGUAUCACAUGAGAAAGCUACUCACAUACUGGAUUAUCUUUUCUCUCUUCCACCACAUAUUUGACAAACUUAUUCAAUGGUACCCUAAUGUGCUCCAUCUACUUUUCAUUAGUUCACAUACUUUUUCUUGGGUUUCCUGAGCCCGACUAUUCCCGAUUCACGCACAUAGGGCCCCAUUCAGGGGAAUGCAUGGAUUAAGCAGCCCCAUUGGUUCUUAUGAGCCAGGGGCGGACCUAGAUGUUGAACCCCCCUUCACCAAAAAAUUAUAUUGUAUAUUUAAGGGUUCCUCUGUGGCCAUAUAUUAAAUUAAUAACCAUAUGUUGGUUGGUGAUACCGCAGUUUGAUGGCGGGUGCUAUCUUUAUCAAAAACUUAUUCAUCCAUGUUUGCUGGUGAAACUGCAUGAUGCUAUCACUCAGUUUUAUGGGUUUUGUUAUGUUUACCAACGCUUUCUGCAUGUAUGUUUGUCUGUCAACCUUCAAAUUGUGGCUGACUGGUUGAACAAGCCAAUGGAGGAUCCAUCUCUCAAGAGCGAAUCAUUUCUGGAUACAGCAGAGAGGUAUCUUGAUGAAAAUGGAUCUGAUGCUUUGUUGAAACUUAUUGCAAACAAGUGCAAGGAUAAUAAUUUGAAUCAUCAUGCAGAAGAGAUCAAGACUACUGAUACUAGUGUGGAAGCAGGAACACUUAUCCCCAACCAGACACUGUGUGAAGUGGCUUAUCCUGUUUGGCAAGAUAUCAAACCGAUGGAACACUUGGCAAAAUAUGAAGCAGCUCAACCCAAACAGGUUAGAAGUGUGAGGGAAAAUCUAAUUUGGAGUGAGAAGAAAACGAUAGGAAUGCAGGUCAAGGAAACGGAGGUUCCAACAAAGCAGACAAUCCAGCUUAAUCAGGAACCUGCAAACCAUGUAGCCGCAGCACAAUCAGAGCACAGCAUUAAUGAAAAAUUGGAAGAAACGGUCCACCUAGCAGGUGUUGAUCAGCAAGAAAAUCAAAAGCAACUGAAGAAUGCUGCUAUUGCUGUUCAUAAUUCUAAGCUGUGGUGCCCUGGGGAGAUUGCUAUGGCUGCACAUCUUAAUGGGAUGGAGCACUUGGCCAAACACCAAUUACCUAUGAGUUCUAUGGCUGUGGCAGAGAGGUACCUUGAAGAGAAUGGAUCUGAUGCUCAGGAGAAACUUAUUACAAACAAGUCCAAGGCAGAACGGAUCCAGGCUACUGACACUUGUGAUAAAUCAGGAAUGCUCACCCCCAGCCAGGUUAAACGCCUGAAGGGAAAUCUUAUUUGGAUUGCAAAGAAUACUACAGGCAUGCAGGUCAAGGAAACAGCAUUUCCAGUACAAGAAAAACACAGUCCUAAUGAAAAACCUAAAGAAAAGGUUGAACUAGUAGCUACUGGACCACAUGAAAAGCUGAAGCAAGUGAUGAAUUCUGAUGGUGCUACACACAAUUCUAGGCUAUGGUGUGGUUUUUGUAACGUUAGAUGCUCUGGUGAGAUUGAUAUGGCUGCACAUCUUAACGGGAGGAAGCACUCGGGAAAGGUGGUUAUUUUGGGUCCAAACUUUCACCCCAUCCUCAGAACAUAGGUACAAAAGAUAUGAAGAGACAAAUACUCUAUAUGGUCAUGUAGAUAUCUUUCUGAACAUCUGCACAACUUUAUCAGAAGGUAGCCACAUAUUAAACUUAAUAUUAGCCUGCUUUUUUAGGCAGUUCUUUUC